GGACGGAACUGCGGCGCUGGCAGUUCGAAGGCAGGGUCGAAGGAGACCACCCUGAAAGAGAGGGCUGGAGGUGCUCUCAACGUGCGAACCUGCGCGUAUACGACGUUCUCUGAAGUUCUUUUCAUGUCGGGCACCUUGGCAGCGAAGUUGCAAGAUGAUGCCCCUUUGCGAAGAUCUGAUGCAAAGGAAGUCGACCCGGCUUAUGGGGAGGGGCACCACGUGAAAAGGGAGGUGACGGCAUCACCAGCCGUCUGGUGCGAAACUCGGCAAGAGCUUUGCGAAGGCACGCCCUACUUCAGGUCCUAUCAAAGUGGGUUAUACCACCUGGACGGCAUAGCUAAGGGUUAUCUAAUAGACGGAUUUGCUGCGGAACGGGACGUAUGGGCUGGAAAAGUUUUCGUCAGUCACGGUGGAGGAAAGCAGCGCUCAGGAGGCCAGGAGGAGCAACACAACGCGAUGCAACAGAUGAGCACCAUUGGGGCACAUUCAUCGGCCGCCCCCCUGAGAGGAUCACAAGAAGAAACGGAUUUAUCGAUCCGCAUUCUCCGCAACACUUGGGCAAAAGCUCUGCCUUUGAUUGUAAUCAUGGGGUCGCAUUAUCCGUUAGCAGAUUUUGUGAUGCCGGCGAGAUAUGCGGUCCUAGGCUGGUGGAUGAUCACCCAUAUAUGGACUGAAAAGGAGUUCGUCAACGUUGAAGCGGAUGUUGCGGAUGGUGAACGACCCUAUAACGUUCGCGUCAAGUGCCGUUUCCAAUGGCUGGACCAGAAUUUGCAUGAGCCGUGGUUCUUGAAGCCGAACGCGAACAGGUCAUGCUUAGCAAGACCAAAGCUGCACACUUGUAAAAAGUGUAAAGCUGUAUCUCCGAUAGUCUAUCACGUACCGAUGUGCUUGGUGCGGACUUGCGACUUUUUCUGGAAGGUCUUCUCGGAACGCGACGGACGGUGGGCGGAUCCGCAGAAGCUGUCUUACAACGGCGACUUUCUCCGACCAUUUCAACUCCCGGGACGGUUUAGUCCGAAGCUGGACGUCAAACCCAUAUUUCCGAUCGAGAUCUCGGAACAGUACGCCCCUCGUGCCGUUCACUGUGAGCUAUGCGGUCGCAUUUCGCAACGCGUAGAGCUCACAAGCUGGACAUGCGCCGUGUGUAAUUAUGCGCCCAAAUCAUAUUUUAAAGAGCAAUACCCAGUCUCUUUGCUACGAAGAUCGCUCCCCGGUUCGGUAAACUUCAAAAAUGAGGUGCCUGGCUGCUUAUAUUUAUUGCCGAAUAGUGGGAUAGAGGUUGCGCGAGACCGGGUGGAAGACGGCACAUACGCGCAUGGUCUGGACCGCGUUACGUACCAUCUACCGACUGGUGGUCGAAUCGUCCAUAUACUGGCAACUGAAGAGCACCCGCUGUCGAUCAACGGUUGGAAACUCUGGGGGGACUACCAGAGGAAGGUGUCAAUGAAGAGAUUCAAAGGCUUUCUGACUCAGAACUUCCUUCACAACGCUGGAGAGGUAUAUAAUUUUUCGAUCGCGAUGCCAUCGUGUCCUUUCGAAACGGCACCGGAAGAGGUUGAGUUUGCUCGAGACAUCCUUCAGCAGGGCAGAAAAUGGCCUAUCAUGAUGAUGGGGAGAAGGAAGUGUGCGGACCAAUCAUUGGAUGGAGUAUAGGAUCGGAUUCAGCCAUGAAAUUUCGGAAGAAGAUGCCGAAACGGAGGCCGGAGCAGAUGCAGGGCUUGAUGAAGCCUAACCUGGCAUCAACUUCAGCAUUUGUACAGA